AACAAAAUGGUUUUGGUAUUGAACGGUGUGCUGCAGGACGAUUGUCCGAUGGACACAACCAGUCUAUUUAUGCAACAUCCAGUCUAUAGAGAUUAUGCACAGCAAUUGUUAUCGAUACCAACAAAGUCGGUUGGUCCAGUGGGUCUGCUGUACGUAGGUCAACGUGAAAUGGCUGCUGCUGCACCGCAUGAUAAAAAUAUCAAUAUAAUUGGUACAGAUGAUGCUACCACCUGUAUUAUUGUGGUGGUAAGGCAUUCAGGUUCAGGUGCUGUAGCAUUGGCCCACUUUGAUGGCACCGGUGUCGAUGAAGCUGUCUGCACUAUGGUAGCUCGUGUCCAAGAGCUAGCCUUAGGUUAUCCAGAGGGUCGCAUUGAAUUGCAAUUAAUUGGUGGCUAUCGUGAUCCACAGAGUUACGGGGAAGAGGUUUUCUACAAUAUAAUGCAAUCAUUCCACAAACAUCAUCUAGAAAUCGAUUUAACACAAGCCUGCGUUGGUGAAUUGAAUACAAUUUUGCGUGGCGAUAUCAAUUGUCCGAUUAUUUAUGGUGUUGGCGUUAACAUCAAAACUGGUGAAAUAUUCCCAGCCACAUUUCCUGAACGGGGACCAGAUAGGGAGUUGCGUGAUGCUCGUAAUUUUAUGGGAGCACAAACGGUUCUUGAUAUAUACGAUGCCUCAUUGGGUCUAUUGCGUAUUGGCCCCUUCAAUUAUGAUCCCUUAAGGGGUGCCGAUUUGUGGCUGGCACAAACUGAUGAAUUUCUUUUACAACAUUUAUCCACAAGUCCCGAUGUGGAGCCACCACAUUUUACACAUCAUAUGAGGGCCACCAUAAAAUUCAUACAAGAAAAUCAAUUUCCUGCUAUCACUGUUUUCCGAGACAAUCGACCUCGCUAUUAUAGACGCGAUGAGACCACGGGUUGCUGGACACUGAUUUUAGAUUGAAAAUUUCUUAUAAAGAAAUUUAUAAAAUGU